GAGUACGAGUAAUUAAAAACACGAUAUUUCCCUCGUUCUCCCCGUUCAUCAUCCCUUCCUCACUCCUCAACUGGUCGCUGGUCAGAAAAAUAUAACCAAUCGAAUUAAUUUUCUCUCUCUUCAACGACUAUAAAAUCACUAAUCUACCAUUCUCAAUUUCCAAUAACACUUCUUUGUUUUCUUCCUCUCAUUUUCUCUCUCCUCGUUUUUCCCCUUUGAUCCAGGCCUGGUUGAAUCUGCAACAUGGCCACCGGUCAGAUAUUCUCGAAGACUACACAAGCACUAUUUUAUAAUUAUAAACAACUUCCUAUCCAGCGGAUGCUUGAUUUUGAUUUCCUCUGCGGGAGAGAAACACCAUCUGUUGCUGGAAUCAUCAAUCCUGGUGCUGAGGGAUUUCAGAAAUUGUUCUUUGGUCAGGAAGAAAUUGCCAUCCCAGUACAUUCCACCAUUGAAGCAGCUUGUGCUGCACAUCCUACCGCUGAUGUCUUUAUUAAUUUUGCUUCUUAUAGAAGUGCGGCUGCUUCUUCCAUGUCAGCAUUGAAACAGCCAACCAUUAGAGUGAUUGCUAUUAUAGCCGAAGGUGUUCCUGAGUCGGACACCAAGCAGUUGAUCGCAUUUGCUCGGGCCAACAAUAAGAUUGUUAUUGGUCCUGCUACUGUUGGAGGUAUCCAAGCUGGAGCCUUCAAGAUUGGUGACACUGCUGGGACUAUUGACAACAUUAUCCAGUGCAAGCUUUACAGGCCUGGAUCUGUUGGAUUUGUUUCUAAAUCGGGUGGCAUGUCUAAUGAAUUGUAUAAUACAAUUGCACGUGUAACCGACGGACUAUAUGAGGGUAUCGCCAUUGGAGGAGAUGUGUUUCCUGGAUCAACUCUGUCGGAUCAUGUGUUGAGGUUUAACAACAUCCCACAGGUUAAGAUGAUUGUUGUACUUGGAGAGUUGGGUGGACGAGACGAGUACUCCCUUGUUGAAGCCCUGAAGCAAGGGAAAAUAAGUAAGCCAGUUGUUGCUUGGGUCAGUGGAACCUGUGCUAGGCUCUUUAAAUCAGAAGUACAAUUUGGCCAUGCUGGUGCAAAAAGUGGUGGUGAAAUGGAGUCUGCCCAAGCAAAAAAUCAAGCAUUGAGAGAAGCUGGAGCUGCUGUUCCUGACUCUUACGAAGCAUUUGAGGGUGCUAUCAAGCAGACUUUUGACCAAUUGGCUGAAGAGGGCAAGAUUGCACCAGUGAAAGAAUUCACACCUCCACAAAUACCCGAGGAUCUUAACUCAGCAAUUAAGAGCGGAAAAGUCCGUGCUCCAACUCACAUUAUCUCCACCAUCUCUGAUGACCGAGGCGAGGAACCAUGCUAUGCUGGUGUUCCUAUGUCAUCUAUCAUUGAGCAGGGCUUUGGUGUUGGCGAUGUCAUUUCUCUGUUGUGGUUUAAGCGUAGUCUUCCUCGUUACUGUACUCAUUUUAUUGAGAUUUGUGUUAUGUUGUGUGCCGACCAUGGUCCAUGUGUGUCUGGUGCUCACAACACAAUUGUAACAGCAAGAGCUGGAAAGGACCUUGUUUCUAGUCUUGUUGCAGGUUUGCUUACCAUUGGACCUCGAUUUGGUGGGGCUAUUGAUGAUGCUGCACGAUACUUCAAGGAUGCAUAUGACCGGAAUUUGACUGCCUAUGAGUUUGUCGAGAGUAUGAAGAAGAAGGGCAUUCGUGUUCCUGGAAUUGGACACAGGAUCAAGAGAGGGGACAACAGAGACAAGAGAGUAGAGCUCUUGCAGGAAUUUGCUCGUACACAUUUUCCCUCUGUCAAAUACAUGGAAUAUGCUGUUCAAGUUGAGACUUACACCCUUUCAAAGGCCAACAACUUGGUUCUUAAUGUUGAUGGUGCUAUUGGGUCACUCUUCCUGGAUCUCCUAUCUGGCAGUGGAAUGUUCACAAAACAAGAGAUUGAUGAGAUUGUUGGGAUUGGUUAUCUGAAUGGACUCUUCGUGUUGGCACGUUCGAUUGGUCUGAUUGGGCACACCUUUGACCAGAAGAGAUUGAAGCAGCCACUAUACCGCCACCCAUGGGAGGAUGUUCUUUACACAAAAUGAAGUGGUUCCUGAUAACAGGGGUGGAUGCAGAUUCUUGGGAGGACGUUGUCUACACAAAACAUACUGCUUUCUUCAAUCAUUCUUUUCCAUUAUGUUCUACUCUGGGGUGAUUUUAGGUUUUUGCAUUUCAGGAAAUCUUUUUUUUUUUAUUUUUGGUCAAAGUUAGUAUUGUAUGUACUGAUUAUUCCCAAAUUUGGACUUUUUAUUUGAAGUCUCGCGGGAUUCUUAGAUUGUAAGCCAAUAUCCAUCCUCCAUUCUUUUGAAUUGAAUCCCUUCUCAUAUUAUACGUAUUUCUUUUAGAUUAUGUGUUUAAAGGUUAAUACACAUUAAGGAUUUUAUCUUGUAAUUGUAACUUUGUUGUUUUGUAGUGACUAAUAGCAAAUAAUGGAAAUUUAGAGUGACAGGUAAUAUUGCGUUUGUA